UGUGAGCUCUCUCUCUCUCUCUCUCUCUAUAUAUAUAUAUAUAUAUAUAUUAUCACCACCGUAAUGGCUCCGCCGGCUGUUAUUGAUACUGGUGUUACUACUGAGAAACUAAGAAUUAGUGAUAAAAUCUAUGCCAGACUUAGGUUGGCAAAAGAAUCCGAUGUGAGUCAUAUUUACAAACUGUUUUACCAAAUCCAUGAAUACCACAGUUUAACGCACCUCUAUAAAGUGAGCGAGGAUUCUUUGUGCAAGAUGCUUUUCAAAGAAAACCCUAACCCUCCGUUCUACUCGCCGACCAUCCUCCUCGUCGAGGUAUCCGCCACCGAGUUCCCCGCCCCGACCCCCGACGAGUCGGGGUUCGAGCCGAUCGUCAAGGAGUUCGACCUCAAAGCCCCCGUCGCCGACGACGAGAGCGAUGCCUUCCGGUCCAACGUGGCCGACCACGAGGCCUAUAUCGCCGGCUACGCCUUCUUCUUCCCCAACUACUCGUGCUUCUACGACAAGCCCGGGAUCUUCUUCGAGAGCCUGUACUUCCGGGCUAGCUACCGGAAGCUGGGGAUGGGGCGGCUGAUGUUCUCCACCGUCGCCGCCAAUGCCGCCGACAAGGGGUUCUCGUCCGUCGAGGGGAUCGUGGCGGUCUGGAACAAGAAAUCCUACGACUUCUACGUCGACAUGGGCGUUGAAAUCAUGGACGAGUUCCGGUACGGCAAGCUCACCGGCGACGCUCUUCAAGCGUAUGCUAAGAAGAAGAGUUCUUAAUUUAUUUAUUGCAAAUUAAAUCCGCAUAUAAUACUUUUGCUGUUUUGUGUUUGUUUUAUAUUUUAAUUUCCAUAUAAAGUACUAAAGUACGAUGAAAUGUGUAUUUUAUUUGAUUUAUGGUGUUUUUAGGGACAAUUAACGUUGUAUUAUAGAAUUUUCAGUUGUAUUACUGUGUAUUUGCUGCGAUACUCGGAAUAAAUAUACAAAUAAUUAAUAAAAUAUAUAUGAAUUGACUAA